AUGACGACGCAUCGUAGUUUCUUUGUCUGUGCGAUCGCGAUUUGCUGUUUAGUGACCUGUUAUGGUGUUAUUCGACCUUCAACUUCACUCUAUCUAAUGGAGGGCGAAGGUUUCGUGAUUUACUUGGAUGUGCCAAAGAACUUUGGUGCACUUAAGAAUUGCUGGUUCAAAUUUAGAGGUGACGACAAGGAGAGGAUCGACCUGAACGCAACUGAGCCAAUUGAUACCAUUCGCGGGGAACACAUAUUACCGUAUAACGAACACGUAUGCGGCAUACGGGUAAUGGGUGUGACAGCAGCCUCUGCCGCGAUAUGGACCCUUGAAACUGAAAAUUAUUAUGGCGACUAUGAACAAGGUUCAACUACCAUCCAGAUACUACCCUUUCAAAAAACAAAAUUCGAUACUCGGGUCCAAAUGGAAUAUGGAAAGGGAACAAUAAAAUGUUCAAAACCUGACACGGCAAAACACUGUAAAAUUGUGGAUCUUUAUUAUGGAGAAACAUACCGCGACUGUCAACUCUACACAACCAUACAUCCGGGUAGUUCGUUUGAGUGUUAUAUUUAUAAUUGGGGUCGCAUGGAAGAGAGCUACGAACGGAUAUUGGUGGAAACUGUGAAUAGUACAUUGCCGGUUACCAAUGCGACCAUGACCGAGAAUAGUAAAAGAGUAAUAAUAAGCUGUGAUUUUCAAACUGCUGUGUAUUCGUGCCAAGCCGAAAAACCAGACCACAAGACGGAAUUGUUGAUUAUGGAUGGUGUGUAUAAUGGUUAUUAUUCAGCCUAUCAAACGGUAACGUCAAAGUCAAAAUGUGAAUUGGAAAUUCCCAAACCGCUUAAAGAUUCCGAUAUAGGUCUUUGGCGAAUUAUGAGUUACGGAACUUCUGGCAUACCGAAGGGUUGCCUAUUUUAUGUCGGCAAAUCCAAAUCUGACAUUAUACUCACGGAGUUGUCUAAAGAUAUUGAUUUAACCACAGUGAAGGUUUAUAAGCCCGAGGGUACAGCGAAGAAUGUGAUCGACGAAUUAUUCUGCACGGUGCCAUUUGAAAUUCACGACUGUUAUCUUCGGGAUCCUAACAACACAAUUUAUAUACCAGAGAGUAUACGCUUCGACAGUCAACGCCUCUAUGGAAAAUGUGCGUUUUACAAUAUGCCCAUUAUCGAAGGUAUGUGGUUAUGUGGAGCGCGUGGCCGAGAUUACGACAAAGAAGUUGUAAAAAACAUUGAGGUUAUAACAAAGUCGAAAUAUGGCGAAACUCUAACUGAAGUUGUCAAGGUAAAGCGUGGAGAUACCGUUGAGUUGAUGUGUAAAAGUCCAUUCGAUGAGCCCAUAUCCCAUUGUGCUUUUAUUGAUCCAAAUGGAGCCGUAUUUCUAGUUGGAACGGUUAAUAGUAUUAAAUCCAAAGGUCGAAUACAAUAUUAUGGACGUGGUAUAACGAAAGGUGAUUGUGGUAUUAAAAUUACUGAUAUCAAUCGUGAUGACUAUGGCCAAUGGAAAUGUCAGUUUAUCAUUCGUUCUGGCAAUCUGAAAUCUUCACUCACAAUGGAAAUCAAGGAAAUGGAUACUGCCCACGCUACUUCUGUCGGCUUAGCAAUUGGUUUAACAGUUGUAUUAAUACUUGUUGUGGGUGUUGUGGUCGGAACUAUUAUUUAUCGCCGGCGAAACUUAAGUGCUCGUCAUAAUCUCGCAUCGACAGAUCCUUUGGAACUUGCCGGUCCGUCGUCAAUUUCGCAGGAAACCAACUAA